UCUGUUCGGUCAGGAAGCUUGAGCAGUGGGCACAAAGCAGCUCACUAACUGUGUGGAUAGUUGGGAAAAAGACGCUCUUUGUAAACUCUUCUUUUGCAAUAUGUGAACUUUCUUAGGGGUGGGGGGAGUGGGCAAAGGGAAAGGAAUGGAAAAAGAGGGCAAAGCCACAAAUAUUAGGACUUGUAUUUUAAACAAUAAACAAUUUUAAACACUACCAUUUGUCACUUAGCAGGUGUAUAGCAUUGAGAGUAAUUUUUAAAAGGGCAAAGUAAUCAGAAUAGCUUAAUUAAUAUAAAAAGUCAUAACAUUGAUGGGAAUCUUUGAAAACAUUCCCUAAGGCAAUAGGGUUAGAGCAACAUCAGAAAAUUAAGUAAUCAAUAAAAAGGAAUCAGUUUUAAUUAAGUUUAUGGUAAUUAGAUCCUGAACUUCUGACUAUGAGAGUAUUAUUACAGCUAUCAGUAAAAUGUUUUCUCUGUGUACAGUAUGAGAGAAAUGGACAUUUUUAUUGUGGAAUAGUAGAGGAUUUUUGCUUUCUUUGAAGUUUCAGGUGUUGGCUACUGUCAUAUGCACUUUGCAGUUGUGAUUUAAUUUGAUAUUGUAGCAGAGGUGAAUAAACUUUAACAGUGAUUUUAUUUAUAAAACCACUGUUGGAAAUUUAUUAUUUCACUUUCCAAACUUUCUGUUGUUUUUAUGGAUACAUAAUACCUAAAAUUUGUACGAAGAAGAACCUGUGUUACCUUUGAAUACACAACGAACUUUAGACAGUUGUAUGCAACGCUUCUCUAGCUGAUACUAGCUUACUAGUUCCAUUAUCAUGCUCUCAGCAAGUGCUUAUACUGUAUAAACAUAUAUAUAUACUGUAUAUGUGUUGUAAUGGGGUCUUCCCUAGCUGUUGCUUUUUUUCUAUUACUAAACAUUCUUCAGAGAAUGAAAGCCUACAAGAUAGUCUUUCAAACAGUUUCCUACUCAGUUUAUUUAAAAAUAGUGGACUCUUCACAUUAACUUGAUCCUGUGUGUGUUUGUUUCGUAAUCCAUUAAAAUUAAAGUAAGAGGCAAGUUGGUCAUGUGCAGUACUGCUUGAUGAUCUGAGCUAGAAUGAGAUUUUCCCCACUGCUUAUCUACUUAUUGACUACUCAGUCCUAUGUAAUUAUCUUUAAAGUGUUAUAUGCUGAAUUUCCAUAUGAUUUUAUUUUUAAUGAAAUCUAGAGGUUUAUUCCUGCAAAGAGCAAUCUCCCAUUUCCUUGUAACAGCCUGCAUUUUAGGAUGUUCUCAGGAAUCAAAUUAGUCACAACACUGCAUUUCUAGAGCUAUGCUUGGAGCUUGGAGAAAAGGGCAUUUUCUGAGUCCUGGCUCUUGGUCUUGACUUCCCUCAGGCAGCAGUAGAUCUAGGGUACUUUACAGGGGCUAGGGAGGUCUGAAGUUGUCAAUGGACUCUCACAAGGUCUGUGUCACAGUUCAGACCUUAUCUACUCACCUUUCAAAGGCCAGGCUGCCAUUUCGUUCUGGAGACUUUCCAGCUUCACCACCUUCCAUAGCGUGUUGGGAGAAAGGUUUUUGAGUGUUUCACAUUUGGGUGUGUUUCAAUGCUUCUUUUUUGGUUUUGAGAGAGUUUCGGUUUUGCUCUUGUAUCGUAUCUAAAUGUAAUACCCAACAAAAGAGUUCCCAUUCAUGAGGGUUUAGACAAAAGAGUCUGUGGUGUAGGUCUGCCUUUUACACUUGGCUUUCUGAUGGCAGAUUGUACAGAUUUCUGUUUUGCCGUUGGAAGUGCUUGGGUAUGUGUGCCCAGCUGUUCCUGAUCCAGUACCUUUGAAAAGCAGGUUUAUGGCAUGCUGUCACAUGCUGGUUUCCUAUCAGUACUGAUCAGUUCCAUACUGAUUUACCUCAUUUUCGCACUCGAGAGUUUUGGCAUGCAGACCUAUGUAAGGACCUCUUCCGGGGAAAGUACUGAACUACAUCUGCAUCUGCUAGCAGUGGUACAUGGUCACACUACUGUGUGAAUUAUUCGUGCUCUGGACAAGGCUAACGCAAGUACGGACAUCAAGUCAUGGCAUAGUAUCUACCAUGCUCCUCUGUGGUCCAGUUUCUGUUCCAUUGACUUGAGGUGAUAUUUUUUUUGGAAGUCUUCGCUAUGUACACAUUUGUUUGUAUCUAUCAAGAUGUUCUUGGAACAUUUCCAGAAGAAACAAUCAUACCUGCAAACUGGCCUCAUGUAGGUAACACUGAGCAUGUGGGAAUGCCCAGGACAUUGAGGUGGUGUUAGUGUCUGUUGGACUCUGAUAGCCAAGUAUAAGAGCACCUUGUCCAUCAGUGUACCAGUUGUUUCCUGGGGCAGUACCAAGAGAGGAUAAAGAACUUGAAGAUGCGCUGUUAAGAUGUCUGGGAUGAUAGUAGACCUCCCAGACCUGGAAGAAAAUCCUGCCUCACUUUUGGCAUUUUGGAAUCAGCACCAAGAAGGGUACCCAUAAAUUUUCUCUUGGGAGAAGAGAAGGAUACUCCAUUCAGACUCAGGAUCUGAAUACAGACCAGGACAUGUCUGAGACUGUGCUGGGCAUCCAGUUCUCUUUGUAGAGACAGAAACUCCAGAGACAGCAGCCAAGUGGGUUUGGGAGGAGAGAAGCUCAGGAAAUAAGGGAAUCUACACAAGAUGCUACAAAUUUACCAAGGCCACAGUUGGAGAAUUCUGGCUCCAUAGCCGAAGCAUUUGAUCAGAUGUCUGGCAACAUAAGUGAUGAUUCUUGACAAAUUUUCCUGUCAACAAAUGGAAAACAAGGAAAACAUGUUGCUUUUUGACUUCUAGAGAGACAUGGGAAGGGACAAUGGAAUUUACAAAAUGCAUUCAGGAAAAUGGAAGUUUGAAGAUGAUAAACUAAACUGAUUUUCUGAUUGCCAAGACAAGUCUAGGGAAGAGGACAGAGAAACUAUGGCAGGGAGACUGCAUAAUGGGGAAAAGAAGCUGGAAGAGCAAGAGUUCCAGCAGGAGCUCUUCAGGGAGUACAUGCAUUGCCCGAAGGCAGGCUGCACGGCUUUAAGACAACAGCAGAAAAGAAGAAAUGGAGUCUCAAUGAUGGUAAACAAGACUGUUCCUCGUGUUGUUUUGACACCAUUAAAGGUGUCUGAUGAACAGUCGGAUUCACCUUCAGGAUCUGAAUCUAAAAAUGGUGAAGCAGAUGGUUCUGAUAAAGAGAUGAAACAUGGGCAAAAGUCUCCAACUGGAAAACAAACAAGCCAGCACUUAAAGAGGUUAAAAAAAUCUGGUUUAGGACAUUUGAAAUGGACCAAAGCUGAGGAUAUUGACAUAGAAACACCAGGAUCUAUUCUAGUGAACACUAACCUGAGGGCUUUAAUAAAUAAACACACCUUUGCUUCUUUACCUCAGCAUUUUCAACAAUACCUCCUGCUUUUGCUUCCAGAAGUAGACAGGCAGAUGGGAAGUGAUGGAGUUUUGCGCCUCAGUAGUUCUGCUCUAAAUAAUGAAUUCUUCGCAUAUGCAGCACAAGGGUGGAAACAGCGAUUGGCAGAAGGAGAAUUUACACCAGAAAUGCAGUUGCGCAUCAGACAAGAGAUUGAAAAGGAAAAGAAAACAGAACCGUGGAAAGAAAAAUUCUUUGAAAGGUUUUAUGGUGAAAAAUUGGGAAUGUCAAGAGGGGAAUCAAUGAAACUCACUGCAGUGCAGAACAAUGAUGAAGAUGAAAGCAAUUCUUUGUGUGGGUCUUCCAGCACUCCUGGUCCUUCUAAGCAAGCAACCUUUGAGGACCAAGAAGAGAAAGGCGCUAAAGUUCCACCUGCACCAGAGAAAGAUUGUUGUCCUCCUCUUUGUAACAUGGAACAGGUUCCUGCCAAGGAUGUAAUGGCAGACUCAGAGGAUAUACUGAUACCUGAAGAAUCAAUCAUUCAGGAGGAGAUUGCUGAAGAGGUUGAGACCAGUAUUUGUGAAUGCCAAGAGGAGAACCAUAAAACAGAACAUGAGUUUUCUGAGGAGUCAGUAAGUCCAGCUGGCACAAAUGAAGACACAGAGGCAGUGCAGCUUGCAGACAGCACUGAGUCCUGUGUCAUGAUGAAUGAUGUAACUGAUACUGUAUCUCCUAGUGAAAUUAAAGUGGAGUUGAAGACAGAAUGCCCUCAGGAGGAGAUGUCAGUUGUGAUAGAUCAGCUAGAGGACUGCGUGUCACCAGCACGAUCAGCUUCAUCCACAAACUCUGUCAGUGAUACAGCAGAGAAGGAUCCUGAGUCUGCAAAAGAGCUAAUUGCACCAGAAAUGCAAAAUGCUGCUCUGGAAGGCUCCUUAUUCACUGGUGGAGGCAUUGCGGUGGAUAUGGAGCUUCAAAGUGACCCUGAGGAACAGUUAUCUGAGAACGUUUGUAUUUCUGAAACUUCCUUCUCCUCUGUGAGUCCAGAAGGACCAUGUGUUAGUAUUGCCUCUCCUGGAGGAGACACUCAGUCAACUUCAGAAGAACCCUGUACUCCAGCAUCUCUUGAAACAGCUUGCUCAUCUGAAGUGUCCAGUACUGAAAACAUUGAAGGUGAUAUUCAGCAAAAGGCCAGUGAUGAAAACUUGCACACACCUUUAAUGUCGGAAAUCUCUCCAAUGUCCACCUCACCUGUAACCUCAGAAGCAUCUCUGAUGUCAAAUUUACCUUUAACAUCAGAGGCAUCACCAGCUUCUAAUUUACCCUUAACAUCAGAAACAUCUCCAAUGUCUGAUUUGCCUUUAACAUCAGAAACAUCUUCAGUAUCUUCUGUUCUUUUAACUUCUGAAACAUCCAUGGCAAAUAGUUUGACUCUUCCAUCAGAGACAUCUCCAGUUUCUAAUUCCUCAAGCAAUGAAAGACUUAUUUUGCAACAACGGAGAUCACCAUGUUUGUUGGAAGACUCCCUUCUCACUUUGAAAGAAGAAAAUUCUGCCAUUCCUAAAGUGGUUCAAGAAGAGAAUCUUGUUGUUCAGCCAAAGCAGCUUCAGAGUGCCCCUGAAAAUUUGAAAGUUCCUCCACUAACAAUUAUACCUGAUGCUUCAGUGUUGGAAGAGCCCCAAAGCAAAAAUCUCACUCAUCAGCCAUGUAAGUCACAUUCUGAAAGUGAGAAAUCCUACACUGCAUCCAUCCCAGAACACUCUCCUCCAGAGGUGAUCAAAAUUAAAAAUCACAGUGUUCAGCAAAGAGGUGACAAGAAAGGCACGGUCUUGCCAUCAGAGGUAGCUGUCUUAUCAGAAGGGUCAGUUGGCAAAAAUAUCGAAUUGCUUCCAUCAAAGCCACAUGAUAAACUAUAUACCUCAUCUCUAGAGAAAGCUGCAUUCUCUGAAGUGUGCAGAAGUAAAUCUCACAAGCUAACAGGCAGCACCCAAAGCCGUCUAGAGAGUUCACACUCUUCCAAGUCAUUGGAACUCACAAAAUCACCUGAAGUGAGGAAUGAAAGUAGAGACCCAGAGACCCCAAAGAGGAAAACAGCAGAACAGCACAGUUUUGGAAUCUGCAAAGAGAAGAGAGCGAGAAUAGAUGAGGAUCAGUCUAACCGUAGUGCUUCAUCGACGAGUCCAUCUGAAAAAGAUCAGCCACCCAGAGAAGAACCCCGAGUUCCACCCCUUAAGAUUCAGCUUUCAAAAAUUGGACCACCUUUUAUCAUCAAGAGCCAACCUGUUUCUAAACCAGAACCUCGAGUUUCCCCAAGUACAUCAGUCAGCAGUGGGAGAAACACUGGGGCUAGAACUCUUGCGGAUAUCAAAGCAAGAGCUCAGCAAGCAAGAGCCCAAAGAGAAGCUGCAGCUGCAGCAGCCGUGGCAGCAGCUGCGAGCAUCGUCUCUGGAGCAAUGGGGACCCCAUGCGAAGGUGGGAAGACAAGAACACUGGCACACAUCAAGGAGCAAACAAAGGCCAAGCUAUUUGCAAAACAUCAAGCCAGAGCUCAUUUACUCCAGACUAAUAAAGAACUGAAGUCACAGUUCAGCUCAAAGGAAAGUACCUCAUCUCUGGAGAUACCAGCUUCUACUGACACAAAGAUUGAAGGUUCUACUGGUGUCAUCAUAGUUAAUCCUAACUGCAGGUCCCCUAGCAACAAGUCUGCUCAUCACCGUGACACUACUACUUUAUUGCAGCAGUCACUUAACACAGCUACAUUACCAGAAACUGCUACUGAGAUGUCUGUGCACAGUUCUGAUGAAAAUAUACCUGUGCCACAAUUGUGUGAGAAAAUUAUUUCAUCUACCUCUACUGAAAGUAACAGUGUGCCAGUGCUUUAUAAUAAAAGUUCAGUCUCUGUGUCUGUUUGCAGCACUGCUAUGUCUGGAGCAAUUAAAGAACUUUCUUUUGCAAGUUCUGUUGAUAAAUCCUCUGUUUUAAUGUCUGUUGACAGUGCAAACACAGCAGUUUCAGCUUGUAAUAUAAAUAUGCUGAAAACCAUCCAAGGGGCUGAUACUCCAUGCAUAACCAUUGGACCAAAAUGUAUUGAUAACAGUAAUGUACCGGUCUCCAUAGACAAUACGGUCUUAUCAAAUGCCAUCGAUGAAAAAAGGUUGCCGACACCAAGUAGCAAUGCGAAUAACGCAGUCUCCAGUCAUUAUGCCACUGUGCCAGCUUCAUCUAUUGCAAAUAAUUUGCCAAAUCAUCUCUCUGGUAGUUCUGUACUGAUCCCCCCAGUGGGGACUACCAACAGAUUUUCUUCUGAUAAGAUAGCCAUAACCGGGUGUAACGAGCAAAGCACUGUCUCCAUUCACACUACCGUCAGGUCAGCUUUAAGUUGCAGUGAGGCCCUUGCAGUAGCAGAUUCUGUUGCGAGGCCACCCAUCUCAAUGUUUACUGGUAACAUGGUGACAAUAAGCUCUUACGAUAACGCUACUAAAUUGAAUGCCGAUCUCUUAGAAAAGAGCUCUGGAGCACGAAACCGGAUGGAUCUCUCUGGUAAAUCUCAGCCCGUGAGCUUUACACAAACUGCCAUGAAUAGGUCUAUACCUUGCAAAGUCAUUGUUGAUCACACUACAAAUCUGAAUUCCAGUCUGUCACUUUCUUCUUCUGUUGAAAAUGCAGAGAACAGCAUUGACCUGCCAAGCAGACCUGCAAGGACAGAAGCUGCCUUACAAAGUAUAGCCUGUCCUCAGGUGUCUGUAAUAAGCAGGCCUGAAGUGGUCUCUAAUGAAAGCCUUGAGCACAGUUCCAGCUUUAUCACCAUUACAGCAAAGCAAGACAGCAAGAACUUGCAGGCAGGUUGUUCAAGUCUUCGAGAAGUGCCUCUUGCUCCUCAAGAUAAAUUAAUUGAGGUGGUUACUCCCAGCCAAGGUUUUGCUGAGCAAAUAAGAGGUCCUUCAGCAUUUAAAAAUGAAGCAGAUGCUGCCUGUGCCAAUCAGUAUAACACUAACAAUAGAAUUUGUUGGCAUGAUGAAGAGGCAAUGAGCACAGACCAGCCCGUGGUCAGCCAUCUUAACUCCGGUAAGCAUAAGGAAUACGCAGAGCAAAACUGCUUAAAAAAUGUCAAAACCGAACCUUCCAGUUACACACAAAUGUCAGAACUGCAAUCCAGGAGUCUUUUGACGAGCAUUGCUGUUCCCGUUAAAUCGGAAACUAACGAGUCUGACAAGUGCUUCAGGAUGGACACCGAGGAUUUUACAGGACCUGAAAUGCCUGCUCAGACCGCAGAAAUAACCACGAGCGCGCAGCCGCCGCAGACCUCCAAGACAUCCAUCGCGGACUCCAUGGAUGACUCCCUGUCCCUGACAACAGAAACCCUGAAGCGAGUUAGCAGUGCCGGGGGCUCUAGCUGCCGCUUGUCGUCAGUGGAGGCCAACAAUCCUCUCGUGACACAGUUACUGCAAGGCAAUCUGCCUUUAGAGAAAGUGCUGCCGCAGCCCAGGUCAGGAGCCAAACUAGAAAUUAACAGGCUUCCCUUGCCUUUGCAAACUACCUCAGUAUGUAAGACAGCAGUAUCGGAGAGAAAUCUUGUUGAACAUCCUUCCAACUCUCCUAAUCCAGAUGGUAAAGGAUUUACAGCAGGUAGCAUAGCCCCACUACAAGUCAGAAAGCGUGAAAACCAUCCGAAAAAGAGGAUGGCCAGGACUGUAGGGGAACACGCUCAAAUUAAAUGUGAGCCCGGGAAGGUGUCAAUGGACACAGAUGUUAAAGUGGCUCCUUGUGUAAUUAGUUCCAGCAUGAACCAGCUAGGGCAUGGUCAGCCAUUUAAGCAGGAGUGGCUGAACAAACAUGCCAUUCAGAGUCGAAUCGCUCACAGCCCAGAGAUCAAGCAGCAGAAGAGGCCGUUGCCUUCAUGCAGUUUCCAGCAGAGCUUAUUUCACAUUGAUAAAAAUGGCAGCUUUCACGCAGAAGCUAGUACCUCACACAGACAGCAUUUUUACCAAAUGUCCAUGGCUGCAAGAGGCCCCAUUCCUACGGCAGCUUUGUUGCAAACUACUUCAAAAGGCCCGCCUGGCUGCAACGCAUUCGCUUUUAGCAGACACCUGGAACAGAAGGGCUUGGGAGACGUGAAUAUUUCUACAGCAGCUCACCCACUGAGGCUAGGAAGUGUGUUUUCCCCUAAUAUUCAAAUUAAGGAAAGUGAUGACAUUGCCAGUGCCUCUCAAACUCUGCAGAGUAAAACAUUAGUGCAUCCCCCCCACCCCCCUCUGCCCGUGCCACCUCCUCCCCCUCCUCACCCCAAUGCCGAAGUCCCCUCUGAUCAAAAACAACUGACAGUUACCAUGGAAACCACUAAAAGACUUAGUUGGCCUCAGCCAGCAAGCAUCUGUAGCAAUAUAAAAUCUGAACCUGUUUCUUUUGAGGAAGGUUUAAGCAGCAGCUGCGAACUGGGCAUGAAACAAGCUUCCUAUGAUCAGAACGAAGUGAAAGAACAGUUAAAAGCGUUUGCAUUGAAAAAUGCAGAUUUCUCUUCCUAUUUACUUUCUGAGCCACAGAAGCCUUUUACCCAACUCGCUGCUCAGAAAAUACAGACGCAGCACCCGCAGCAGCAGCAGCAGCCGCAGCCGCAGCCGCAGCUCUGUGGAAAUUAUCCAACAAUACACUUCGGUAGCACAAGCUUCAAAAGGGCGGCAUCUGCAAUUGAGAAAUCGAUUGGGAUGUUGGGAAGUGGCUCAACCGCUGCCACGGGCCUGUCGAACCAGAACGCGCAGAUCCCGGUUCAGAAAUUUGCUGACAGCAGCAACGCCGAUGAACUGGAACUGAAGUGCUCGUGCAGGCUGAAAGCCAUGAUCGUGUGUAAAGGCUGCGGAGCCUUCUGUCACGAUGACUGCAUAGGGCCUUCCAAACUGUGUGUAGCUUGUCUGGUUGUACGGUAGGAACUGGAUCAAAGAUGCAGUAUCCCUUAUCAGCGUGGAAGGGCAGGACAAACGAACAGAGAAAUUGGAACAGUUUAAGGCCACUAAUGGUUUGCAAUUAAUUGAUUGAUUUUUUCUUUUUCUUCCAUGUGGUGCUUUCAUAAUUUAGUUAUUCCUGCCUGAGCGCCAUUUGCUGGGAAGAAGAGGAAACCUGUAGAAGUAGGGUUUUUUUUAAAAAAAGAUAGCCUUGUUACUGAAGCUUCUAUGAGCUCUCUUGCUAUGUGAAAAAAAAAAAGGCAUUAAUGCAUGUCAUUCCUAGCUUCUAUUUAUUUGCACAAAGUGCAGCACAUUUUUUCUCCAUUUUUUGAUAGCUGACACAAGCUGCAGGCUAAAGAUCUGUGGAAGAAUAACUCUGCAAGAAGUGGAGUAACUAUGCAGAAUGAAUAACACACUGAGUAGUGACUGUUUUGAAUGGGGUAGAGGCAAGUGCGGGAUAUCAGCCAUUGUAGCUUCCAAGUCAGUGUGCAGUCCUUCUGCUGACAGGAUCGUUUUCUUCAAUUGACUUCCACUACCUAGAGCUAAAAUAUAGUCAGUUCACCUAGCCAAAAAAAAAAAGGAGGAAUUUAGAUUGUUAGAGGGGUUUCCUUACAUGCCUGCCAGGGACUACGUACAGAACUGAAAUCCUACUCAUCAUCUCUUCUCCUUGACAAAGAUUUGUAUGUGCGAUCGGUUAGUGGAACCAACACUGGAAUCACAUUGGCCUCAGUAGAGUCUGGAGAAAUUAACUUAUCUACUGGUGAUUAGAAAACUGUUUUCUCUUCCCGUUUCCCACUGAAAUAUUUUGUAUUUGUCUCUCUAAUCUGUCCACUCAGUUUGUCAGUCCCAAAUGUAUGUAAAAGGUCAGACUUACAUAAUAGGUUCUGGAUGUUUUAGUCUUUCUGUGGCCUAAAAAUGAUGCGUUCUUACGAUGAAUGAAUAAGAAAGAUUCUAAUUGCAUAUUGGUUACUAGAUUAUCAGUUGGUAUUCCUCUUAUGUGAGUUUCUCUAAAUAACAUCUCAGAAUUUUGCCAUUUAAAGUAAAUCUUAGAAUUACUUACAACAUUCACUUUUUUUUCUCAAAAAAAUUCAGACCCAUUACUCUAUCUUUUAGAAAUUUGGAAACAAAAAGGCAUUUUUAAAAGGGAUACUGCAUCUUUAAAGUAAUCAUCAGUAUUUAUCCAGUACUGUAUUUACAUUUAAGACUAUAGCUGCAUUCCAGAUGCGCUAGCCACCAUGACAGCAGAGAAAAACAAACUAUAAUUUUGGGACCCUUUUCACCUAAAAGGAUAAUAUUGUAAAGGGAUAAAGCACAUGCAGUUGCUGGGGAGAUGAAAUACCUUGGGUUUUUUAAGUCCCACUUCAAGAACACAAAAUGUGGAGUGCAAGUCAUCCAUCUGCCAGUAUGUGGUUGGGUCUGCCCAAAUGUCAGCAUCAGAGAGAAAUGUUAUUUUUACUGUUACAAUAGAACCUCACUAAUCCAAAGACCUUGCAGUCCGCUCAAGAGAACUGAUUUUCCUUCCAGGGUUCUCUGAGAGCAACGUAGUGCAAAUGUGUGAGAUGUAAUGCUGCCUGGAUUUCGUGAUGCAUUUACGAUUGCAUUCUGAAAUAUUAAUGUGAAUGAUAGAACUACACUUAGGAAAUAAAAAGUAUACUGCAUUUUACACUAUACUUUUUUAAUACAAUCUUUGUGUGCAUACUUACUCAUAAGCUGUAACGGGUCUCCCUGAUGUGGGUGCAUAUUAGUGAGGUUCUACUGAAUGGAGGAACCACAUUUAUUUUCUUGUGGGACCAUUUUCACAAACAUGAUAAAUGCCAUUUACUGUCUUAAAAGUGAGCUGGAAUAUCUACAACAUACAUUCCUGUCAUAGGAAGCUCUAUGGUGCACCUUGAUGUUCUCUUUUCUUGUAAUUAGCAACAUAUCAAUAUUAUUUUUGACACUGUGUGGUACAAAGGCCAUUUAUAAUUACACUAACAAACUUGUUGCCGAUAUAAGAAUAUAUUUUUUCUAUACAAAAGUGCUCCUUAAUAUGACGUAUGAGUGAAGAAACCACUUAUCAGCACUUUCAGGUCUUCUGGUAGGAAAAUAAUACAGCCAAGCAAAAACCUAAAAGUAACCACAUGAAAAUUAGUAUUCAGUGGUACGCCAGCUGUUGGCAAAACAGUGACUGGAAAAUACUCAUGAGUAAGCAUGAGUACAGUGAGUUAAUGCAUAUCAAAUUCAUAUUUGAGGAGCCUUUGUAUUAGAAUUGUAUUGCAUUGUAUUUAUACUUGGUAGAGGUAGGAUACUUCUAUUUAAAAUAAGGAGAGCAACCAGUCUUGGACUUCUAAUAACCUGUGUUUAUACAAGCCUGCUGGGAAUCCUUAUUUCUAGCUCAGGUUUUCCUGUCCACAGCACAUAAGUCAAUAUUUGUUUGUACUUGCAUCUUGAAGUACUUCUUGAAUUGACUGACAUAAUAUAGAAAUAAAUUCCAGCCACAAAAUUGUUUUAUUUUGUUCAAAGGGUAAGAGUGUGACUAAUGUGAUAGGUAACUCAUUCAUGUCAUUGUCAUUUCUGUAUCAGGAUUGCAACUUGCAUGUGUGAGGUCAUGAUAAAAUGUUAUUUAAAAUGGCAUUAAACUGGAUGGUGCUAUGUUAUAUUACACAACCGACCAAACUCUUCCAUAGUGCAGUUCCACUCCUUUUGUUUUUGAGUCAUUGGAGUUGCACCAGGAAUACAUUUGACCAGUUAGGCAGCAACAGUCAUGAAGCGUUGUUACAGAUGACAGCAGAUGAUAGGUUUAUGGUAUUAUUAUACUAUUAUUAUAUUAUUAUACUCAAAAAACUGUGGUGAUAUGGGAGCCCGACUGAAUCCUAGUGUGACUGGAAACAUUACUUGGAUUCUGGUAUCACACAAAUGUCUGGGGAAGAGUGACCCUUGGUCUUCAGUAAGAACACAAUCACAUUUAGAGGUUAAUUUUGAAUGACUUCUUUUUUGUUGUUGUUUAAUCGUCCAGGUUUCAGGCCCAAUGUCAUUGUAUUUUCUAAUGACCAUGCAGUUUGCACCGUGGGGUGUUAAUAGUUUAUGCACUGAAAAGUGGUGAAAGAAUUGCUUAAGAACACACUGCACUGUGUUUGUGUGUACGUACGUAUAUGUCCCAGUGUCCAGCAUGUAUAAUUUACCUUUUUUUUAAAAAAUAUCAAAAAUAGUUCCCCCACUCCUACCCCUGGAGCAGCACUUUUGGGUGAGAGGGAGAAACACUCUUUUUUACUCUUUAUUGUUUUAAUUGCAUACCUGUGAGAUAUGCAGAUAACGUUAGGGCAUUGGCAGUGUGUGUGUUUGUCUGUUGCUGUUCUGAACUAAUUUUCCAAGCAGAAACUCCCUUUGAAAUAAUGUUUAAAAGAAAUAAUUAAGAAGUGGUGAACUGGAUGCUCCCUGUUUGCGUUUUAUUUAUCUGCUGAGGUCUAGUACAUGAAAUAGCGUUAAAACGACAGAAAUCUAGGUUGAGCCAUAAAGCAAAAGGUAUAUCCUCUGUGCUAUAGACUUUCUUCUUGAGGGUGGUGCAUGUUGUCAGGGUAAGCUACAGAACCUGCAGGUGGUUUUUCAGGGCCCUGCAAUUCCUUGCACAGUCUUUUAAAGCUGGUGCAUAUGGUGCUUUAUAAUGCAAUUUCCGAAGUAAAAUUACCUUAUGCUGCACCCCUUUCCCCCCCUAUAAACACACGCACAAUUUCAGAAUCGUUACUGUAGCCUCUGGUUUAGCAGUUUCUCCAAGGUGUGGUGAAGGUAACCGGGAUAAACACUUGAGAUGAGCCGAGAAGUGUCACCCGAAGGGAUCAUUUUAUCUGCCACGCGUGAGCGGCCCAGCUCCGCACGCUGACCGGCUUCUGCAGCCUCCCGGCGGCAGCUCCUGUGGCUCUGCGCGACACCGGGGCGGGCAACAAAACCUUCAGUGGGUUUGGCACGGACCCGUGUAGCUAAACGUUUCUGAGUCUAUGAAAUCCUGUUGUCUUCGGUCAUCAUGCUUUGUCACUGUAAAACCAACAAAGAAAAAACAAAAGGCAUUUUUUAGUCUAAUUUAAGGAGCUGCUUCUUUUAUAGCACAUAAUAUUUCGCUUUGUACUAUAUUUGAUAGUUAAAGAAUAAUUUAGUCCGUAGAAUAACUUUGUUGUAUUUGUACUGUUCAUGAAUGUUCCAAGAAAAGUGCUUUACUUUGUUGCCAUAAUUCUCUUGUACUGCUGUAAAAUAUUUUUUUCUGCUUUAUGGAAACUUAACUCGAUUCACAUUUUCAGUACAGGGUUUUUAGUGUGUAUGUAUUUUUUUUUGUCAGUAUUCUGAAUGUUUACAUCUGUUCAACAUUAGCCAUUCUAUGCCUUUGUAGGGCAGUAUUACUCCUGCAGUAUAACAGCAGUGUGAAAUCCACUCAUACCAAACAUGCAUGAGAAAUACAGAUUAUUGGGGAGAUCCCUAGCGUGAAUAGAAAUGUUUUCUAUCUGCAUUUAGUGAAGCAGAUACCCUCCUUCGGUCCUCUACCAAAGAAAAUAUUAUUCCCACAGGACAAGCUCGGAAAGUGGUUCUCUGAAUCUUCAGAAGGGGGUGUAGUUGGUUUAAUCGGGAUUACGACAGAUUAAUGCUGUUAUGCUUUGCUUUGUCACCCCACCAGAGGUGACUGGGUGAAACAAGCAUUUUAGCAACUUUUUUGUUUCAAGACAGUGUUUUGUUUAGAAUUCAGGGAUCAUGCUUUCUUUAAUGGUGCUGUUUGUUUUAUUAUUUUUUUUAAGAAAACAACAUUUUGUUGCCUACAGAAAUGACCAUUCACAAAACCAUAAAUUAAAUAAAAUAAUUUGUCUUCAUAACUUCUCUCUUCUCCCUUUCCUUUUCCCCUAUCCCUUGAAAAUAGCAACUUGGGAUUCAAUAUUAAAAUAUUCUGAAAAAAAAAUAAAGAGAUAAAAUAAUUUUUGUCAUUGGUUUAUUUGUUUAUUUAUUUAUGUUCAGUGCCUUAGGCAGGAGAUCCUGCUUGUGCACAUUUGUUGUAUGUACAGGUUGGUGAAACAGAAAUGUGAGAGAAAAAAUGGUCCUUUGUAAAGGAUUUUUAAAUGAUGAUGAUGUGACAUAGUCUGAAUGACUUCUUAUGUAACUCAAGUAUUAAUCAUCUUAUACUAGUAAAAUAAAACUAGGUGUUGUAUAUGAA